GCCAGUUCUCACUAGUACUCGUUUCGAAGCGGUGUUUUGUAUUCGAUGCAACGUGCGUAUUAAUCUACAAGUAAUAUUCGUGAAUUCCUCAUAUUCAUAAUCUACAAGUACUUAAAACAAGAAGAAGCGAAUAACGCAUUUUUCGUUUUACCUGUAAUUCGGUACGUGCUUGUGUCGAUAUUUGCAGUCUAGUGUUAUCUGACCGUGAAGGAAUUUCAAAGAUAAGGCUUGGCUAUAGGCCAAAGUGAAUAAAGAAAGUGACGCGUUCAAUUCAUUAACCGGCGUGGUAAUAAAGUGCAGUGUAGUGAGUAUCGCACAAAUCAGGUUUUUGUGAAUUUGAGUGCCGUAGCACACAGCCAAAAUCAAAAUUGCUCACCUUUUGCAAAACAACAGCGGCCAGUGGAAGGUAACCAUGUCCAGCAAUAUCCAGAUAACGGCCGAUGACAAACCAUCGGCCGGCAUAACGACGCCGUCGAAACCGGUCGCCAGCAUCCCCUCGAGUCCGUCCCAUCUGCAGCUACCCUCGCCGAUCAUCACGCGCCGAACCAGAACGGCUUCCACUUCGGAUCGUGCAAUGCGCAACCCCAUCGAGGAAGGAAAAGUCAGGUCGUUCAACCGAAACAAAGGCCACGGUUUCAUCGCACCCGCAUCCGGAGGUGACGACAUUUUCGUGCACAUUUCAGACGUCGAAGGUGAAUACGUGCCACUGCCCGGUGAUGAGGUCAGCUAUCGGAUCUGCUUUAUCCCGCCCAAGUUCGAGAAGGUGCAGGCCAUCCACGUGCAGAUCACGCAUCUAACACCGGAAAAGCACUCCAAGUGGGAGGAAUCGGUCAGCUCUCCGGAUGGUUCCCGACUACACUAGGAUUCGGCCCGGGUGCUUGGUACGUCCUGCUGCGAUCGUCUUCUGCUACUAGGGAUUGGGCUUUUUCGGCCAAGGGAACAGUAUUUUUUCGUAACUUUCUACUGUAUUUUAUCGCAACUCGUCGCCAUUGUCGGUUUACUAAACUAUCUAAACUAUCCUAAGAGAAAGAGAGUAGGCCUCAAUAUUCGGUGUGUCUGAUGCAAUACCUUCAGGCAAGUCAAAGCAAGAUAUAAAAUCCAAAAAAAACACAAGAAAACCAUGCAUACCAGAACGAAAUGAAAGAGUAUCUAUGACUGUGCCCAUCUGAGCUUAAGUAGAAAACAUUUCAACGACAUUCUGAUAUUAGCUUUUCCAGAAAAAAAACUAUCAAAUAACUCAACUAUGGCCAGCAAGAAUAACAUCAGUAAUACUAAACAUGUCAAUAAAAUGCUGAACGAAAUAA